ACGUCACCUCCGCUUCGCUCCUGUGCCCGGCGGGUUCCUGCUUCCCCAGCCUGAGCCUGGGCGUGGCGGGGAGUCUAGGAAGGUGGCAGCCAGGGGCGGAGCCCCGAGAGCUCCGCCUUAGACAACUCUCCUUCAAGAGAAGGAACCUUGAAGCGGAAGAAUGACCCCUGUACUUGGGACAGCCGGCCACCGCCAGGGGUCAGUGACCUUCCAGGAUGUGGCCGUGGUCUUCACCCCGGAGGAGUGGGGGCACCUGGAACCUUCCCAGAAGGAGCUGUACCGGGAGGUGAUGCUGGAGAACUUCAGGAACCUGGUGUGCCUGGCUGGAGCGAGGGGGAGCACCGUGGAAGCCAGGGGGAGGAGCCCGGAGAAUCAGCUCUUCAGAUUGGGAGACUCUGCUUGAAUCCAAGGAGUC